AUAUUCAUUUUCAUUAUUCAAUACUGAAUACUUAUUACUUAAUACUUAGUUACUAUACCUAGUUAAUACUUAAUGCUAAACAGUUAACACCUAUAACGUUUUAAAGAGUCACUAAAGUCUUAAAAGUUCAAUAGUAUACUGAAUUUUACAUUGCACUUAUUACAAUUCGAUACACCAGUUGAGGAGUCUAACCAUAGUAUAUUGUAUAUACAAAUACACAAUAGUGCAAUACAAAGUUUUGAAUACGAGUGCACUAAAUUGAUUUGGAUAGUAGCAUUAUAGUAAAUUAUUUGGCGGUAAUUUUUAACUAGAAACUAUAGUAUUUACUAGAUAGAUACGUAAGUCACUAAGUUGUGCACCUGUCAGAUAUGUCAGUAGUCAACUGAAGAUUAUAAGACUAGAUUACAGAAUCAUCAAUCAUAGUUUGGUAGUCCAGAUAGUCGAUCCAAUUAAAAAAAAAAACUAUCAUGGAGCAAAUAAAUAACUCUGUUGAAGUGUUAAAUAUUGUAAGAUCGAUUGUCCAUCAUUUAAAUAAAGUCAACUUAGGUAACAUGACACAAAAAAUUAUUGCUUUGCAAAUAAAUAAUGUAAAACUACUUGAAGAAAUAGCAGAUAUAAUACAUGAUCGAGCUUUAAAAAGACAAAAUUAUACGCAUAUAUAUGCCGAUAUGUGUGCAAGUAUGAUUAAUAGUUCAAAAUUUAAUAAACUUACAACAAAUACUGAAUUUACAUUUCAAAAAGUUUUAUUAAAUAAAUGUUCUGAUGUAUUUUAUACAUUAACAAAGGACCAACAAGAAUUAAACACAUUAAAACAGAAGAUGAAAAAUAAUAGUAAGGAAUUAGAGAAGUUUAUAAAAACUUUAAAUUUUUAUCAAUUUGAAUUUAGUAAAAAAGUUGUAUCCAAUUGCAGAUUUAUCAGUGAACUGUAUAGAAAGGGUGCUUUUCCGGAAAAAAUUUUAUUGGCAUGCAUUACAGAUUUAAGUAAUGAAAAUGGUGAAUUUCAAAUGCAUUGUUUAUGUAUAAUACUUCAAUUAACAGGCCCAAUAUUAUCAAAAGCAUAUGAUUUGAACAAACUAGUUAAUGCGCUUUUACUCUUUAUGGAUAAUUAUAACAUAUCAUCAACACUAAAAUUGUUGAUACUCAAAGUACAAGAAAUGCAUUCUGAGGGUUGGAUAAAUGAGCAACCUAUAGAUUUUGUAGGAAAAAAUUAUAGACAAUUUAGUGAGUUACCAACACAAAUGAAAAAUAUGUAUACAAUAAAAUCAUAUAAUAUGAUGUCAGUAUGGAUUUUUGAUGAAUGUUAUGAUAUUCUUUUCAAUUUUGUCAACAGCAAGAAAAUUGAUGAAGUUAUACAUUUAUUAAAAAUGAACAAUAUUUGGAUUCGCUACAAUCCUAUAACUUUUGUUGUUUCAAUGAUUCUUGUAGCACUAGAAGAAAAUCAAAAUAUAAGAAAUUAUGCUGGAAAACUUUUAGAUAAUCUUGUUAAAAAAAAAAUGUUGUCGAAUUAUUCAAUUCAAUCAGGAGUCGAAAAAGUAUUGAAUGAUCCAGGCACUAAGAAAGAAUAUCCAAAUUUAUCAAAUUUAGUAUUAGAUAUAACUGAUCAAUUUAAACUUUAAUAUUUGUUGAAAUUAGAUUUAUUAUAAUUACUUUUUUUGUAAUAUUUUAUAUCAAGUCA